AGUGUUAAAAACUAUUACAUUAUAAAUUACUUUAAGUUUCAGUUACUCCCCAUAGUAAAUCAAGGGGUUAGCAGAGUUGCUAUUAUUUCUGGAACCAGCUUUUGUGAAUGCUGCUUUUACCUCAAGAAUUUCUGUUUUGCCUUUUUUCUCAUCACAUGGCAACAGAAUCAGGAAAUGUUAAGAACAUCCCAUAAUGCUCUGCUAUCUCAAGUGGAUGAGCUCAAAACAGAACUGAAAGAAAAGAACAAAAGGGUGGUGAGUCUGGAAAGUCAACUGGCAGACAUGUCGGUUCUAAGGAUUACAGUGAGAGAGUUUCAGGACAGAGUGGAGGAUUUAAAAAGAGAGAGAAAUCUGCUGAAGGGAAAUCAUGACAGACUCUUAAAAAACAUGUUAAAUAGCAGCAAUCAGCCUCACUGGAGCACUGACCUCAUGAAGGAACGGCUUCAGCAGAAAGUCUCUCAUCUACAAGAGCAGCUGGAUUCUGAAGUAGCAGAGAAGAGAAAGAUCUUGGUUCAGUUGGCUAAGGAACAGGCUGAAAAUGCCGACCUGAAGCAGGAAGUCACCCAGAUGCUAAUGAAACAUAAAAAGGAAGUAGAACUUCUCCAACAGAAAACUGCCACUACUACCACUACUAGUAGUCAAUCAGAUCCAGAUAUUUUGCAACCUUCGUAUCAAGAUUAUACUAAAGAAACACAGACACAGGAACUGAAUCCUCCACAAGAAAUCAAAGAGGAGGAAAAGAACCUGUCUUGGGCUUACAAUCAGAUGAAGGCGGCACAUGCAGAAACUGCCCUAGAACUGGAGAAGACAAGAGACAUGCUCCUUUUGCAGCACCAGAUCAACAAGCACUAUCAGGAUGAACUGGAAAUUGUGAAGAUAAAAGCUGAUAAUAGUGAGAAAGAGCACAAGGAAGAGUGGGAAAAGUUGAAUCAACUGCUGGACCUCAAGAACAAUCGCAUUCAACAGCUGGAAGGAAAUAAUGGAGAAGACUUUGGGACAUUGGAUUACUGGAUGAGGCUGAAAUUUCCUAUAGCACACAGCCUACAGGCAUACAAUAAGCGAUUGAAAGCCCAAACAUACCUGUCUGCUAAUGUGCUUGGAGCCAGGAAGGCUCAGCCAAAGGAGGGCAGAUCAGAGAUUUUCAAGCAUAGAAAUCAGUUGUGGGUGGAAAUCAUCAGGUGCUGCAACCUCCGGAGUCGACGUUUGGGGGCACAACCCAGCCCAUAUGCCAUGUACCAAUUCUUCACCUUUUCUGACCAUGACACACCCAUCAUUCCUGCCAGCAACCAUCCCCAUUUUGGUGAUCAGGCCAGCUUCUCAGUGCACAUGACCUUGGAACUGGAUCAAUAUCUCAGGCAGAUGGUCCUGCCUAUAUAUGUGUUUGAUGACAACGAUUUGGAGCUAGGCUGGUUCCUUGGCAAAGCUCAGGUACCUUUGCUGCCUCUUGCACAAGAUAAAGCCAUUAAAGGUAACUUCAACCUCAGUGACCCUAUGGGGAAACCCAAUGGGUCCAUUGAAGUGAAAUUGGAGUGGGAGUCUCAAUACCUAUCUCCAGAGAGUUCACUGAAGCCAGAAACCCAGUCUGUUGAAAAUGACAAGAAGGCACCCCUGUCUGUGGAAAAUUACAACGAAGCACCUUUAUUUGUAGAAAAACACGAGGCAAACCUGCAAGUAGAAGAUUACAAUGAAGCACUCCCUUCUGUAGAAAACGAGACAGAUUUGCAUCUAGAACAUGAAAAUGAAGCACCCCUCUCUGUGGAAAAUUAUGAGGCACCCCUUUUCAAAGAAAAUUGUGAGACACCACCCCGAUCUACAGAAAAAUAUGAGGCGAACCUUUCUGUAGAAGAUUACAAUGAGGCCGACUUGUCUGUAGAAAAUUAUGAGGCGAACCUUCGCAUAGAAGAUUAUGAGGAAAAUUUACCUAUAGAAAAAUACCAGGUAAACCCAUCCUUAGAAAAAAAGGAAGUCAAGAUAUCUAAAGAAAACGUUGUAGAGUCCAAGAUGUCUAUAGAAGAUUACGAGGAGGCAAAGCCACCAAUAGAAAACAGCGAUGAAGCAAAGCCGCCCAUAGGAAACUGGGAUGAGGCAAAGUCGCCAAUAGGAAACUGCGAUGAGGCAAAGUCGCCAAACUCUGAUGAGGCAAAGUCGCCAAUAGGAAUCUGUGGUGAGGCAAAGCCGCCAAUAGGAAACUGUGAUGAGGCAAAGCCGCCAAUAGGAAACUGUGAUGAGGAAAAGUCGCCAAUAGGAAACUGUGAUGAGGAAAAGUCGCCAAUAGGAAACUGCAACAAAGAAAAACAGUCCAUAGAAAUUUGCGACGAGUUCAAGCCAUCUAUAGAAAAUUGCCAGGAAGCCAAGCUGUCUUUAGAAGAUUACGACGAGGCAAAGCUGGCUAUAGAAAACUGCAAUGAAGAAAAAGAGUGUCUAGAAAAUUGCAAGGAGGCUAAGCUGUCUCUAGAAAAUUGCGACGAGGAAGAACAGUCUCUAGAAAACUGCGACAAGGAAAAACAGUCUCUAGAAAACUGCGACAAGGCCAAGCUGUCUAUAGAAAAUUGCAAAGAGGCCAAGCUGUCUCUAGAAAAUUGUGAUGAGGAAGAACAGUCUCUAGAAAAUUGUGAGGAGGCCAAGCUGUCUUUAGAAGAUUAUGAUGAGGCAAAAUUGGCUAUAGAAAACUGCGACGAGGAGAACAAGUCUCUAGAAAAUUGUGACAAGGCCAAACUGUCUCUAGAAAAUUGUGACGAGGAUGAACAGUUUAUAGAAAAUUGCGACGAGGCCAAGCUGUCUCUAGAAAAUUGCGACAAGGUUACAGAAAAUUGCGAUGAGGCCAAGCUGUCUCUAGAAAAUUGUGACGAGGAAGAAAAACCUAUAGAAAAUUGUGACGAGGAAAAACAGUCUCUAGAAAAUGGUGACAAGGCCAAGCUGUCUCUAGAAAAUUGUGACAAGGAAGAACAAUCUAUAGAAAAUUGCGACGAGGCCAAGCUGCGUCUAGAAAACUUCGAGGAUGACAACCUGUCCAUAGAAAACUGUGAUGAGGCCAAGCUUCCUAUAGAAAACCGUGAUGAGGAAAAAGAAUCUGUAGAAAAUGACAAGGAGAUGCCCCUACUGAUAGAAGAUUAUAAUAAAGCACCCGAAGCUAUAGAAAAUUAUGAGAAACUUAUAAAGAUUCCAACUGAAGAAGAAAACAUUUUAUUUCACCAGCAGGUGAACAAGGACAAAUUAUCAGGUGCUAUUGAUGAGGCAACAAAAGAGCCAGAGGAAUGUUACCCAGAAGUCAAGCAGCAAGUGUUUUCAUCUCCUGACACUGCAGCUAAUCGACUUUCUGAACAAGCUGAUGAAGUCAGUGAAACACAGACAGCAGACAGUGAUGACGUCAUAGUGACACCCCUGUCUCAGAAGGGGCCUAAAACAAAUUCAGACAAGAUUUGCAUUGAAAUUGUGUCCCUGGCUUUUGACCCUGAGGCUGAAGUGAUGUCUGAUGAGAGCAUCCAGCAGGUGUAUGUGGAGUACAAAUUUCAUGAUCUGCCCUUGUCAGAGACAGAGACACCUGUAUCCCUUCGGAAACCCAGGGCAGGGGAAGAUAUUCACUUUCAUUUCAACAAAGUGAUAGACUUGAAUCCAGUGGAACACAGAGACCGAAGGAAGUUUCUUUUUUCUAUGUUGCAAGAAAAAAAUCCUGAGCAGAGGCAAUUGAAGUUUAUAGUGGUGAGUGAUCCUGAAGAGCAAAAGAACGAAUGUCAAGAAGUAGGCUAUGCCUAUUUGGAACUGUGGCAGAUCCUGGAUACUGGAAGAGACAUUUUAGAACAAGAGAUAGACAUCAUCAAUCCUCAGGAUAAAGUCAGCUCCAUUGGAAAACUGAAAGUGUCCCUUCAAGCAACUGAUGCACUUCAGGCCAUUUUCAAGGAGAUGGGUGAAGAUAUGCAUUUGUGAUAAAGCAGAUACAAGGGGCCUCUUAUCUAAAACAAUAUAUCUAUCACAGGGUCAUUUUGAGGGGACCAUUGUAAAAAUCUGCUUACAAAGUGCUUUGCUAUUCCACAGAUUUAUAACCCCAUACACUUAGUGACAUCUAGUGUCUCCCUCACUAUCAUGGAGAAAGCCUAGACUCAAUGUUACCUUUUUUGUCUGGUACCAACUUUUUAUGAUUUACUAUCUGUUCAAAUAUGGCUCCUGCAGUGCAAGAUCUUGGCAUUUCAACAGAUGAGAAAGCAGACAUGAGAUUUUCUCAUGAUCUCUUUCAGGAUACUUUGGGAACUGCACAAAAGAACUGUCACAAGAAGUGAACUUACAAAAAAACACAUUUUAUUCAUCAUUUAGUUCUUCCAAAGUUGAAAAUAUCAAGUCCUACUGCUAAGGAGAAAAAAAACCCUCUCUCUUCCCCCCCCCCCUAAAGUCACAGGACACAGAGUGAUCUGUUCUGGGAUGGGUGAGUGCAGAGGACUAGGAGGGAAGAUGGCAAGCAAAAACCCCUCCCAAAUACUUAAAAACAAACAAAACAAAACAAAAAAAAAAACACAACUGUUCAACAGAAACUGUGAUAAAUACAGGACAAUGCAAGACAAGUAAAAAUGAAGAACAGUGA